GAAUGUGAUCUGAACACCAAAGAACCUAAUCCUGUUGAUUUUGGACCGUAAGUAUACACAGUAAAAAUCUCGCAUCUUGUCCACAAGACGUGCUCCGCGCAACAGGCUUGUAACAACUGCUUGUCCACAAGACGUGCUCCGCGCAACAGGCUUGUAACAACUGCUUGUCCACAAGACGUGCUCCGCGCAACAGGCUUGUAACAACUGCUUGUCCACAAGACGUGCUCCGCGCAACAGGCUUGUAACAACUGCUUGUCCACAAGACGUGCUCCGCGCAACAGGUUUGUAACAACUGCUUGUCCACAACUUGUAACAAUGUUGUCAUUUUAUCAAGUUGUGGAAAAAUCUCACGACUUGUCCAGUUGGAUUUGUCCGAAACUUCUCUGAAGUAAACGCUCUUUACAGUAAAUAUAUUAGCGCUCCGCGAUUCAUCGUCUCGAAGGUAUGUUAUGUUUUGAAAUAAUUAAUUAUAUAUUGAUUUCUAUAGAUAUUCUGUUGUCAGAGCAGUGAGAGGUUUAAAAGGUAACAUGGAACUAACAGUCCGAAGCGGAUGGUUUGGAAUUACUGAAUUAAUUUUGAUGCAGUCCCUGCCUCGUACCCAGGCGCUUUAAAUGCUAAAUAAUACAUGAAGUAUUCAGGUAGGCAGGAGACGCGCGAAGGGACUGUUGGGAAGGAAAAAAACAAGUGCACUCUUCCCAUCAGCCCUUUCGCCCAUCUCUCCCCACUACAAUACUUCAUGUAAACUCGUCAUAUGCGCAUCACUGUUUUUUUUACAAAGAGACGCCUGGGUACGAGGCAGAUGCAGUCCUAGGACAAUUUAUAAACUACGCACAAAUUAGCAUCAUACGCGCAACCGCAAAUAUUCAACGCACGAGCGGUACACGUUACUUAAGGGUGAGUAUCGGUGAGCUUUUAGAAUACAGACGAUACUCUAAUCGUUCUUAUUUUGUUUUCUUUAAACAGAACAGAACAGAACAGAACAGCUGAACAAAUAACUUUUUUUUAUUUCGUUCUUAUUUUGUUUCUCUUCCAGGAAACGUGGCUAUAGGCAAGAAUGCAAACGAUACGUUCCUCAGUAAUUACAGGUCAGGAAUUCUUAUACAUACUGGAGAAUGGAAAAACUGGAAUCCUUCAAUGAAUAUGCCAAACAGGUAUUAGCAACAUAUUGGGCAUUGCCUAGUUCAACUACACACAGGUGUACUGUAGUGAAUUACUAUAUACGUGCCAAGCAAGUAAUAAACGCACAUCUAUCAUGGUUCUGCGAGAAUUCUAUUACUGCACGAUUUAAAAGAUAGCCCACAGACAGGCUGCUUUCGACAUAUUACAACUGUGAGGGGGGGCAUGUCCCCCAAAAAGUUGCGUCUAAAUUGUUUAGGCUAACUUGCAAUAAUCUAGGUUCUUAUAUGCGGGGUUUUACUAUUCUUAUUUUCUUUUUAUAGUAAUGGUUGCUUACAUGUCCAUCCAGAUUCCAUGAAAAAGAUCGACGAUAUUCUUCAGAAUAAAUUAAAUGUGAAAGCCAAUGAAAAUCCAUUUGGUAAACAGCCAUACCCUUAUCGUUGUCAAGGAAUUAUGUCGAUCCAGCAAAUUGAUGGCUAUUCACAAUUUUAA